AAGAUGACUUGCAGGGCUGUCCAACGCGAAAGAUAAUUUCGUGGAAAUGAAUCGUUGAAAGACAGUAAGAGUCCAUGAUGAAACUACACCCUGGAGUUUGAAAAGAGACAGGGCUGCUUUAAGAGAGAAACAGGAAGUUGUAACUAGAAGCCAUCUGAAUACUAAGCCAAGGCAGGCAGACGCUCAUGAGGUAGCAACUUCUCGGUGGCAGGGCUUAUUCUGAAAUCUUCAGGCGGCCAGCCCAUCUCAGGCAGGUCCUGAUAAAACAGCCCAUGUCCAGGGUUUUGGCUUCAGGAAUCCCAAGAAGACCCGAGAAUGGAGAGACAGCAAAGGUUUAUGUCAGAGAAGGAUGAGUAUCAGUUUCAACAUCAGGGAGCAGUGGAGCUGCUGGUCUUUAAUUUUUUGCUCAUCCUUACCAUUUUGACAAUCUGGUUAUUUAAGAAUCAUCGAUUUCGCUUCUUGCAUGAAACCGGAGGAGCCAUGGUGUACGGCCUCAUAAUGGGAUUAAUUUUACGAUAUGCUACGGCACCAACUGAUAUUGAAAGUGGAACUGUGUAUGAUUGUGGAAAACUGGCCUUCAGUCCAUCAACUCUGCUGAUUAAUAUCACUGACCAAGUUUAUGAAUAUAAAUACAAGAGAGAAAUAAGCCAGCAUAACAUCAGUCCUCACCAAGGCAAUGCUAUACUUGAAAAGAUGACAUUUGAUCCAGAAAUCUUCUUCAAUGUUUUACUGCCACCAAUUAUAUUUCAUGCAGGAUACAGCCUGAAGAAGAGACACUUUUUUCAAAACUUAGGAUCUAUUUUAACAUACGCCUUCUUGGGAACUGCCAUCUCCUGCAUCGUCAUAGGGUUAAUUAUGUAUGGCUUUGUGAAAGCUAUGGUAUAUGCUGGCCAGUUGAAAAAUGGAGACUUCCAUUUCACUGACUGCUUGUUUUUUGGUUCACUGAUGUCUGCUACAGAUCCAGUGACAGUACUGGCCAUUUUCCAUGAACUGCACGUGGACCCCGACUUAUACACACUCCUGUUUGGGGAGAGUGUGUUGAAUGAUGCAGUGGCCAUUGUCCUCACAUAUUCUAUAUCCAUUUACAGUCCCAAGGAGAAUCCAAAUGCAUUUGAUGCUGCAGCAUUCUUCCAGUCCGUGGGGAAUUUCCUGGGGAUCUUCGCCGGCUCGUUUGCAAUGGGGUCUGCAUAUGCUGUUGUCACCGCACUGUUGACCAAAUUUACCAAACUGUGUGAGUUCCCCAUGCUGGAAACAGGCCUGUUUUUCCUCCUGUCGUGGAGCGCCUUCCUGUCUGCUGAGGCCGCCGGCCUGACAGGCAUAGUUGCUGUUCUCUUCUGUGGAGUCACACAGGCACAUUAUACCUACAACAAUCUGUCGUUGGAUUCCAAAAUGAGGACUAAACAGUUGUUUGAAUUUAUGAACUUCUUGGCCGAGAAUGUCAUCUUCUGUUACAUGGGCCUGGCACUGUUCACGUUCCAGAAUCAUAUCUUUAAUGCUCUUUUCAUACUCGGAGCCUUUCUCGCAAUUUUUGUUGCCAGAGCCUGCAACAUAUAUCCCCUCUCCUUCCUCCUGAAUCUGGGCCGGAAACAGAAGAUCCCCUGGAAUUUUCAGCACAUGAUGAUGUUUUCAGGUUUGCGAGGAGCAAUAGCAUUUGCCCUAGCUAUUCGGGACACAGGAUCUCAGCCCAAACAAAUGAUGUUUACCACCACACUGCUCCUCGUGUUCUUCACAGUCUGGGUGUUUGGAGGAGGAACGACCCCCAUGCUGACUUGGCUUCAGAUCAGAGUUGGUGUGGAGCUAGAAGAAGAGCUGAAGGAGGCGCCCACCUCACACCAGGAAGCAAAUAGCUUGGAGAAAAACACAACCAAAACAGAGAGUGCUUGGCUCUUCAGAAUGUGGUAUGGCUUUGACCACAAAUAUCUGAAACCAAUUUUAACCCACUCUGGCCCUCCACUGACCACUACAUUACCUGAAUGGUGUGGUCCAAUUUCCAGGCUGCUCACCAGUCCUCAGGCCUACGGGGAACAGCUAAAAGAGGAAGACGUGGAGUGCAUUGUGAAUCAGGACGAACUGGCCAUGAGCUACCAGGAGCAAGCCCCCUCGCCCUGCAGGCCUCCUGCAAGCCUGAGCCUGGCCCAGAAAGCCUCACCGCAGACUCCAAGCAAGGACAACAUUUAUGAGGGGGACCUCGGCCUGGGAGGCUACGAACUCAAGCUUGAGCAGACCCCGGGUCAGUCCCAGCUGAACUAAGGGGAACAGCACCCAUGUGACCACAAGUGAUGCGAGGCUCGCAGCGGAAUGCUUGCCAAGCUGGGGAGGCAGUGUAGGAGAGAGGCUGGACCAUGUGGUAAGAGCAUCCGUCGGAGAGAAUCACAACCUUGUCACAAGUUAUCCUCCGGUGCCUGAAGAAAUAAGAAUUUUAUCAUCCCUCUAUAUUAUGCAACUGAAUUGAAGUUUCUGGCAGCAGCCAUUUUUAUGAGUGGAUCGGUUGGGGUGGGAAGGGCGGAGAAGGAGGGAGUCAGGAGUCUGGCUGCUGGAAGGAUGGAACAGAUGUGCUGCGUCUGCAGGUGUUUCUUUUCGGUGUGUAGCUCUCCAGGCCCUUUCGCUUCGAUUUUGGAUUUUACUCCCUUCGUUAGGGAGAGUUUAAAAAUCAGAAGAAAAAAAAAAGUUUCUGAGCAUAAACAUGUGGCUUCUAAGCUGAAGGGAAUGCCCAGUUAUUUUGUUAAGUGGAAUUUUUAUAUUAUAAAGACCUAGACUCCUACAUGCUCUUAAUGACUCCAGGGCUGUUUGCAAAGCCCAGGCAAGGGAUCGAUACCACUGUCGGUGGCCUUCUAGAACCCACGCUGUGCGGUGACCCACUGUUCUCCUUGGCAUUCUUUUCAAGCCGCUUCUCCUAUUAAAGGCAGGGGUUAGUUAUAGCUGGGCGUACCCUGCACUCAAUGCAGUUCUGCUUUCCAACUUGGUAGGACCCCUUCCAGGGAAAGCUGUUUUCUCUUCCCCCAUUCUGUGUUGUAUCAGAAGAAUGAGCCUUUCUGUCCUGCUUGCAUUUAAGUCACUUCUUGGCCCUGUGGCAGGUCCCCUCUGUAUGCUGGGUAAUGAGAUUCUACAGCACAGGCCGGUCUCCAUGUGGCAGGAGAUGGUGCAAGAGUCCCGACCCAUCCUCCAGUUCCAACACUCACAGCUGAUUAGCAAAAGCAGAAGCUAGAGGAACAGAGCUGAUGAUGCGUACACCAGACUGAAGGGUCAAGGACACGGCACCAGGACUCCCCUUAUGACAGGUGGCUCACGGCCCAUGACAGAGAGACCAACACAAUAGCUUUUAAUUCAGCUGCAUGACCUGUGCCUUUCAAGCCAUAAAGAUACCUCAAGCCUAGCUUCUCUUGAAAUACAGAUGUUAAUAUUAGAUUCCAAAAAAAAAAAAAAAAGUCGGCUCCAGUCUUAGAUGCCCAGACUAUGAUGAGCCUGCUUCUGAAGGAGGUAAGAAAUGAUGUUUUCCUCAUCAUUCCCCAAAGCUUGGAAGUAACAUACGCUUUGCUAACCAGUUGUUAGGCUAUUAACCGUGGCGGUGUCAGGCACACCGCUAUGUACGUCGAUUUUCUUACUUUCCAAACAGUACAGGGCACAAAUUGUUUUAUACUCAGCUAAGUAUAAUCUGGUCAUUCCAGGUUAAUACAGCAAAAAUGGCAAAGCAUGAAGUUUUCUAAUGUGACCUAAUCCUAAUAAACUUUUGUUAUAAAGUA